UAGCGUUCAAUCUGUGUGGCAGUGAAUCUUUCUAUUUUGGGGGCGGUGCCUCGGGCUUUCGUUCUUUGAAAGUGAUGCGCUCCCCAAAAUGAAUGACAGCUCCAGAGAACCGUCGCUUAAGCUUCUGGUUGGUUCGGCGGCAUUAAUUUGCAUAAUAUGGGCAGAGCUUUCGCCUUCCCAAAAAUAAACGAGGAAGAAACGCUUUUCACAAGGUGCUGUACGUCUUCGUUUUCACGGAUCGGUUAAAGAAUGCGCUUGUGCUGAAGUCAUCUGACAUAACGACUGCUCGGUUGCCAUGGCAAAUCCAGAGGGAAAUAAAUUAUGGGGUGGUCGAUUUGUGGGAAACAUCGACCCUAUAAUGGAAAGGUUUAAUGCGUCUAUCUCGUAUGACCAGCGCAUGUGGCAGGCAGAUAUUAAAGGAAGUAAAGCAUAUGCCAAAGCCUUACAAAAAGCAGUUUUGGUCACCCAAAACGAGAUGGACCAGAUCCUUACAGGUCUCGACAAGGUUCACGAUGAAUGGUCCAGAGGCGAGUUCAGGAUCAAAGAUGGUGAUGAGGAUAUUCACACCGCUAAUGAACGUCGUCUGAAGGAGAUUAUUGGUGAUCCAGCUGGAAAGCUCCACACAGGCAGGAGCAGAAAUGAUCAGGUUGCAACGGAUAUGCGGCUGUGGCUUCGAGAUGCGAUUUCCACUCUGAAAGAAAAAACUUUACAGUUGAUCAACACUAUGGUGGAAAGAGCUGCUGUAGAGAUCGACAUCCUGUUUCCUGGAUACACUCACACACAGAGGGCUCAGCCAAUCAGAUGGAGUCAGUGGAUUCUCAGUCAUGCGGUGCCGUUGAGCAGGGACGUAGAGCGACUGGAGGAAAUCAGGAAACGUACUAAUGUGAUGCCUUUAGGAAGCGGAGCCAUUGCUGGGAAUCCAUUCAACAUUGACAGAGAACUUCUCCGUAAAGAACUGAACUUCGACAGUAUUAGUAUUAACAGCUUGGAUGCUACUGGACAGAGGGAUUUUGUAGCGGAGUUUCUCUUCUGGGGAUCGAUGUGUCUCACACAUCUUAGCAAGAUGGCGGAGGAUCUGAUUUUGUACAAUACCAAAGAGUUCUCCUUCAUAACAUUGUCUGAUGCAUACAGCACAGGAAGCAGUCUGAUGCCCCAGAAGAAGAACGCAGACAGCCUGGAGCUCCUCCGCAGCAAAGCAGGACGAGUGUUUGGCAGAUGUGCAGGGUUUAUGAUGACUCUUAAAGGCUUACCCAGCUCAUACAACAAAGACCUACAGGAGGAUAAGGAGGCCAUGUUUGACACCUUUGACACAGCACAUGACGUGCUGCAGGUGGCGACAGGUGUCAUUUCAACUCUGGAGAUAAACCAGAAGACAAUGGAAGAGGCUCUCAGUCCAGACAUGCUGGCCACGGAUCGCUACUACCUGGUCAGAAAGGGAAUGCCAUUCAGAGAAGCCCACAGCUGUGCUGGAAAAGCCGUCUACAUUGCAGAGUCAAAGAAGAUCCCUUUGAAUCAACUCACUGUUGAGGAUUUACAUACAGCCAGCCCUUUGUUUGAUUGUGACAUUUGUACAGUGUGGGACUACAGCAGCAGUGUGGAACAGUACAGCGCCCCCGGUGGUACUGCCAAGUGUAGCGUCACGGCUCAGAUUGAACACUUCAGAAGCUGGUUACAAACACAAAGUCAGUGACCAAUUCACAAGUCACAUGGACAAUAAAAUGAAAUUUAUUCAAGA